UGUGAAGUGCGAAGAGGGGCUAGUUAACUGUGUGAAUCUGGAGUGAAGAUUGGCCGGUGUCAAGCGGGUGUGAAGAUGUGGCGGUGGCUGCUCGGGGCUGCGCUGCUGGCUCCAGCUGCCGGCUUCUACCUCCCGGGUCUGGCUCCGGUGAGCUUCUGUGAGCCUGGAAAAGACACAGUUCCAGACUGUAAGGUAAACCUAACAGGUCCCACAUCACCUGUGUAUGAUGGAAAAUUUGAGUUUAAGAAACCUGCGGUGUGUCAGAAGGUGUGUACCAGAUCUUACGACACCAACAACCCAGCAGACAAGGCCAAGCUGGACUUCCUCAAGAAAGGCAUGUUACUCAACUACCAGCAUCACUGGAUUGUGGAUAACAUGCCGGUUACCUGGUGCUAUGAUGUUGAAGAUGGACAGAAGUUCUGUAAUCCUGGUUUCCCUAUCGGCUGUUAUGUCACAGAAGCAGGUCGACCCAAAGAUGCUUGCGUGGUCAAUUCCAACUUUAAUGAAAAGGAUUCUUUCUACAUCUUUAACCACGUGGACAUCACCAUCCAUUACCACAUCGUUGAGCAUGAACAACUGGGAGCACGACUGGUGGCUGCAAAGAUUGAACCCAAAAGCUAUGAAAACAAUAAUGAUGACAGCCCUGAUUGUUCUGGAGGGCCUAAGUUCCUGAAAAACAAACACAUAGGAUUGUUCGAGAUCCCGUACUGUCAACUUUGUGGUUAUGUUGAAGACAAGAACAUUCGUUGGGCGUCUAGAUGGGACUACAUCCUUGAGUCAAUGCCUCACACCAACAUCCAGUGGUUCAGCAUAAUGAACUCGUUGGUGAUCGUGUUGUUCCUGUCUGGAAUGGUAGCCAUGAUCUUGUUGAGGACUCUGCAUAAAGAUAUUGCCAGAUACAAUCAGAUGGACUCUGUGGAGGACGCUCAGGAGGAGUUUGGGUGGAAGUUGGUCCAUGGAGAUGUUUUCCGACCUCCCAGGAAGGGAAUGCUGCUAUCUGUUUUCCUCGGCUCUGGAACCCAGAUCUUCAUUAUGACCUUUGUCACCCUUUUCUUUGCUUGUCUUGGGUUCCUCUCUCCGGCGAACCGUGGCGCUCUGAUGACAUGUGCUGUUGUUCUCUGGGUUCUUCUGGGAACUCCUGCUGGAUAUGUGGCUGCUCGCCUCUACAAAUCUUUUGGAGGAGAGAAGUGGAAAACCAACAUUCUGCUGACAGCCUUCCUCUGUCCUGGGGUGGUAUUUGCUGAUUUCUUUCUGAUGAACUUGAUCCUGUGGGGUGAAGGGUCUUCAGCAGCCAUGCCAUUUGGGACCCUUGUAGCCAUAUUGGCUCUUUGGUUCUGUAUCUCAGUGCCACUCACUUUUAUAGGAGCAUACUUUGGCUUCAAGAAGGCAGGUAUCGAGCACCCAGUGAGGACCAAUCAGAUUCCUCGUCAAGUCCCAGAGCAGUCCUUCUACACGAAGCCUUUCCCUGGUAUCAUCAUGGGAAGAAUUCUGCCUUUUGGAUGCAUAUUUAUUCAGCUGUUCUUCAUAUUAAAUUCCAUCUGGUCCCAUCAGAUGUACUACAUGUUUGGCUUCCUCUUCCUCGUCUUCAUUAUUCUGGUCAUCACCUGCUCUGAGGCCACCAUCCUGCUCUGCUACUUCCACUUAUGUGCUGAGGACUACCAUUGGCAGUGGCGUUCCUUCCUGACCAGCGGCUUCACUGCGGUCUAUUUCAUGGUCUACGCCAUUCAUUACUUCUUCUCUAAGCUGCAAAUCACCGGACUGGCCAGCAUCCUGUACUUUGGAUACACCAUGAUCAUGGCUCUCAUCUUCUUAUUCACUGGUUCUAUCGGCUUCUUCUCCUGUUUCUGGUUCGUUACAAAGAUCUACAGUGUGGUCAAAGUGGACUGACGGAUUGAAACACAACAGACUAUACGGCUUUGUUCCGUUAACCUUUGGAACAUUCAGCACUGUCGAACUGAACUGAACAUUAUAAUGUGAACCUUCACCUCCUCAAGGACUUUGCCUCCGACAGAUGACUCUUUUCUUUGUUUGUUGUGUGGAGCAAUGUGUACACUGGGUUGUGAUUUUGAACAUUACAGUAUCUAUCUGCAUAUAAUCUGAAUGAUAUGAAUCAUACAAGCCUGUUCCAGUAUCUGACGUGUUCAUACGAUGCCACCUUCGCACGGUGCGGUGACCCAGAGCUGGACUGUCAGCUAUCAUGUCAUGUGUGGCAUUUAGGUUUGUUUCAUGAUCCGUGUACUGUGUGUUUGCAGAUGUAGUUGGACAAAUAAAGCUGUGAGUUCCUGCUUCUUAACA